ACCCAAACCUAGAACAUUAUAGUCAUCCCAGAGAGUUCCUCGUACCCCUUUCCAGUUAAUCCCUACCUCCAUACUCCCAGAGAUGGUCAGAGGUUUUUUUUUUUCCACCAUAGAUUAGUAUUGGCUGUUGUAGAAUCUUGUAUAAAUGGAGUCUUAACAGUGCCAAUGAACCCUUUUGAGUAAAACUUCUUUUAUUUAACAGAGUGCUUUUGCAAUUUGUUCACGUUGUGCUUAUCAGUAUUUGUUACUUUUACUGAUGAGUUGCGGACCAUUGUGUAAAUAUACCAGAGUAAGCUAAUCCAUUCUCCUACUCAUGGAACUCUAGGUUGCUUCCAGUUUUUGGCCAUUAUGAAUAAAACUUCCUUCAAUAUUCACCCAUGAGUCAUUUUAAGAUACAUGUUUUUAGCCUUUCCUUUCAGCGGAGCGCGGUGGCAAGAUGGCCGUGCAAAUAUCCAAGAAGAGGAAGUUUGUCGCUGAUGGCAUCUUCAAAGCUGAACUGAAUGAGUUUUUUACUCGGGAGCUGGCUGAAGAUGGCUGCUCUGGAGUUGAGGUGCGAGUUACACCAACCAGGACAGAAAUCAUUAUCUUAGCCACCAGAACACAGAAUGUUCUUGGUGAGAAGGGCCGGCGGAUUCGGGAACUGACUGCUGUAGUUCAGAAGAGGUUUGGCUUUCCAGAGGGCAGUGUAGAGCUUUAUGCUGAAAAGGUGGCCACUAGAGGUCUGUGUGCCAUUGCCCAGGCAGAGUCUCUGCGUUACAAACUCCUAGGAGGGCUUGCUGUGCGGAGGGCCUGCUAUGGUGUGCUGCGGUUCAUCAUGGAGAGUGGGGCCAAAGGCUGCGAGGUCGUGGUGUCUGGGAAACUCCGAGGACAGAGGGCUAAAUCCAUGAAGUUUGUGGAUGGCCUGAUGAUCCACAGCGGAGACCCUGUUAACUACUACGUUGACACUGCUGUGCGCCACGUGUUGCUCAGACAGGGUGUGCUGGGCAUCAAGGUGAAGAUCAUGCUGCCCUGGGACCCAACUGGUAAGACUGGCCCUAAGAAGCCCCUGCCUGACCAUGUGAGCAUUGUGGAACCCAAAGAUGAGAUACUGCCCACCACCCCCAUCUCAGAACAGAAGGGUGGGAAGCCAGAGCCGCCUGCCAUGCCCCAGCCAGUCCCCACAGCAUAACAGGGUCUCCUUGGCAGCUGUAUUCUGGAGUGUGGAUGUUGCUCUCUAAAGACCUUUAAUAAAAUCUUGUACAAAGACAAAAAAAAAAAAAAAAAAAAAGAUACGUGUUUUUAUUCCUUUUGGGUAAAUACCUAAGAAUGUAAAUAUCAGGUAGAGAGAUGGCAUAUGCUUGGUUUUAAAAACCUGACAGACCAUUUUAUUAAGUGAUUAAAACAUUUUGUAUUUUCAACAAUGUAUAAAAGAUCUCUUUUCCCCAGCAUUUCAUAUGGUCAGCUCUUUUAGACAUUCUGAUGGCUGUAUAUUGAUACCCCACUGUGGUUUUAAUUUGAAUUUCUGGGAUGGCCAGUGAUGUCGAGCCCUUUUUCAUGCCUUUAUGCACCAUUUAAAAAUUUUCCCCUGGUUGCUGGGCACAGUGGUUAACACCUGACUUCGGGAGGCCAAGGCAGGCAGAUCAUCUGAGGCCAGGAGUUCGAGACCAGUCUGGCCAACAUGGUGAAACCCCACUUCUACUAAAAAGACAAAAAUUAGCUGGGCAUGGUGGCAUGCACCUGUAAUCCCAGUUGCUUGGGAGGCUGAGGCAGGAGAAUCACUCGAACCUAGGAGGCAGAGGUUGCAGUGAGCCAAGAUUGAGCCACUGCACUCCAUCCUGGGUGACAGAGCAAGACUCU